AUGGGUUCUCUCGCUCCUUUCCCCCGCAUCAAGGAGGUGCGGUCCUACAUCAUUGACGGUGUUGGAUCUGGCGGUGAUUACCACAAUGUGAAAGGAGGUCACUGGCUCAUUGACAGCGACAUUUCCACCCCCAUGACGAAAUGGGCACAAUACCGGGGCUCGCGUACUUCCUGGGGUAUCAAUGUUUUGGGUUCAUUCUGCGUUGAGAUCGAAGCCACCGACGGCACCAAGGGAUUCGCUACCGGCUUUGGUGGUCCCCCGGCUUGCUGGCUAGUGCACCAGCACUUCCAGCGCUUCUUGACUGGCGCAGACCCCCGGGAUGUUAACGACCUCUUCGAGAAAAUGUACCGUGCCUCGAUGUUCUACGGCAGAAAGGGUCUUCCGGUGGCCGUGAUUUCCGUCAUUGACUUGGCCCUGUGGGAUCUCGUGGGCAAGAUUCGUAAUGAGCCUGUCUACAAGCUCAUCGGCGGCGCAACCCGGUCACGACUGGACUUCUACUGCACUGGACCUCAGCCGGCCGCCGCGAAGGCGAUGGGUUUCUCGGGAGCCAAGGUGGCUCUGCCUCACGGUCCCGACGAGGGUACCGAGGGCCUGCUCAAGAAUGUCGCUUACCUCCGUAAGCAGCGUGAGAGCGUUGGCCCCGACUUCCCCCUGCGUGUGGACUGCUAUAUGUCCCUGAACGUCCCGUACACGAUCCAGCUUGUCAAGCGUUGCGAAGCGGAGGGAAUCGACAUCGACUGGUGGGAAGAGUGCCUCAGCCCGGAUGACUUUGACGGCCACGCUCUCCUCAAGAAAGCCCAUCCCACCGUCAAGUUCACUACUGGAGAGCACGAGUUCUCGCGGUACGGCUUCCGCAAGCUCGUCGAAGGCCGCAACCUCGACAUCCUCCAACCCGACGUGAUGUGGGUGGGUGGUCUGACCGAACUGCUCAAGGUCUCUGCUAUGGCGGCUGCCUAUGACAUUCCUGUGGUCCCCCAUGCGUCCGGACCUUAUUCGUACCAUUUUGUGGUCUCGCAGCCCAACACUCCUUUCCAGGAGUACCUGGCUAACUCGCCCGAUGGAAAGACUGUGGAGCCCGUCUUUGGAAACCUUUUCAUGAACGAGCCCAUUCCCUCCAAGGGAUACCUCGAUGUCUCGAUCUUGGACAAGCCCGGGUUCGGUCUGGAACUCAACCCCAAUGCUCCCCUGAUCCCCGCGGCAUCCAUUCUCACCCCGGCUCCCCAGAAGAGCCUGGCGCCCCCUGUCGACAAGGAGCAUGGCGUUAACGGCAGCGCUCAGUAG